GCGCCGCGUAAUCCGGCGCAUCCAACAACAACAAAAGCCUCAGCCGCCACUCGCCCACCGUACCGUCUCGUCUCGCGCCGACGCACCGCCGUCAUCGCCUCCAUCAUGCAUCCCUCGCAGACGCUCGUGCCCCGCCUCUCCGCGCUCAUCAGCCGCGCCGCCCGCCGCCAGCCUGCCCGCCUCAUUCCCCCAGCCGCCGUCGUCGCUGUUCAGGUAAGUGUCCAUCACGUCAUACCAUUUUCGUCCACCACCUCUCCUACCCUCCCUCCAUCUUUGCUUGUCUCCUUGCCACUAUGCGCCGCGUGCCGCCUACUGUGCCCUGUGCCGCUGUGCCGCUGUGCUGCUGUGUCGCGACGAGUACGCGCCAAUCCGACUCGUCCCGCGAUCACACAGCACGGCGCGCCGCACACGCCUCCCGCCUCCACCGCCCACCUCCGUCUGCGCCCGACACCCGACUAGAUCCCAGACAUCUCCAUCCUCGUUCGCGACAUCGUUAACACACAGCACGUCGAAACGCACGCACCCCGCGGCUUCUUCGGCCGCCUGC